AUGAAGAUGCGGCCGCAAAUGGAGAGCCAGUGUAUUCUGUGCAACCAGCAAAAGUACAACACCGCUUUGAACGGUUGCUUAAAGCAGAACUCGCUGCCGGCUAAUAUCUCUCAAGAGGACGCAUUCUGCAUUCUCGCUGCAUGCAUCGACAAUCCCCGGCAGACUCCGAUAACGCUUGGCAGAAGGAAGCGGCGUGAAGGCGAGACCCGGGCUGAAGAAGAGAACGUCGUCGACGAGCAAGUCGCCCACUUGGUGAUGGAAGACUACGACCUCGACGACGACGGGAGCUUGUGAAGUCGCUGCGAUAUGUUGCUGCGCCCACUCGGCGGCGGGCCAUCAACCAAUGGGUUCGUUUCUAAGGGGCCAGUGGGCUCUUCGAGGGAAAUAAGGAGUAAUAGAGAAAAUAAGUGCUCGCA